CACCCAUCAAUCAUUAUUAUAAAUAACUUUUUUUUAUAUAUUUCAUCAUUAGUUUAUGUAAUUUAUAUGAAUGAGAUAUAUUAAUGGUCAAAUAUACUAAACUUAUAAUAACGACGGGGAGAGUGUAUAUAUUUAAUUGAAUAAUUUCUUUUUUAUUGUUCACAACACAUAUUUAUAUAUACAAGUCUAACAUUCAGAUUUUCUUUUUUCUCGCUAGCCUUAAUUAAUAUUUUGAGAAAACCAUGGAAGCGUUGGGUGUAAUAUGGGAAGUUGCUAAAAGUUUGUUCAGUUGCACAAAUGCACAAGCUGCCUAUGUUUAUAAGCUGCAGGAGAAUCUGGAAUCAUUGAUGGAAAAAUGGGAAGAUCUUCAAAACAAGAAAAAGGAUGUGCAAACAGAAAUUGAUAGAGCUGAGAGCACAGGACUCAUGAAAAGAACAAACGAAGUGAUUGGUUGGCUACAUGAAUUUCUAAAACUUGAAGAGAAAAUGAAAGAUACUCCCAGUUCUCAAGAAGUUCAAAGUAACCAAUGUCUGAAUGGUUAUUGCCCAAAGAACAUUGUGUCAAGCUACAAGUUAGGGAAAACAAUUGUUAAGAGGCUCAAUGAGGUAAAUGGCCUUCUUGCUAGAGCUGGUAAUAUGCAGAUUGCUCUCAAGCAACCACCUAAACCUAUAGAUGAGAUGCCUUCUAGUGAGACUAUAGGCUUAGACUUGAUGGUCCACAAAGUAUGGAAUUCUCUUGAGGAUGACACUGUUGGUGUAAUCGGUUUAUAUGGAAUGGGUGGGGCCGGAAAAACAACCCUUAUGAAAAGAAUUCACAAUGAAUUAGGAACGAGGGAGCAUAGUUUUGAUCUAGUGUUAUGGAUAGUGGUUUCUAGAGAUUCUGAUAUCAAUAAGUUAAUGAAUGACAUCAGCAAUAAAUUAGGAAUUGAGGAAGGUUUUUGGAAUAGAAGUACUCAAGAUCAAAGAGUAUCAAAGAUUUAUGACCGGUUAAAAGGAAAAAAGUUUUUGCUGAUGUUAGAUGAUUUGUGGGGAAAGCUAGAACUAGAAGCAAUAGGAGUUCCUGAUCCGGAAAAAAAUAACAAAUCAAAAGUAAUGUUCACAACACGAUCUGAAGAUGUGUGUGGUAAAAUGCAAGCUCAGAAGAAACUCAAAGUGGAAUGUUUAUCAGAUGAAGAAGCAUUUGAUUUGUUUUGUAAGAAAGUAGGUGAUGAGACUUUAAAAUGUCACUCAGAGAUCCCAAAGCUAGCGCGUGAAAUGGCUAAAGAAUGCAGAGGAUUGCCGCUAGCAUUAAUCACUGUGGGAAGUGCCAUGGCUGGAGUGGGCAGUUUUGAAGCUUGGAUGGUUGCGAAAAAUAACUUGAGGAGUUCUCAUUGGACAGCCUCAGAUUUUGAGGAUAAAGUUUUUCAUAUCCUCAAGUUUAGCUACGACAAACUUCCUGAUGAGGCGCAUAAAAACUGCUUCUUGUACUGUGCACUAUACCCAGAAGAUUUUGAAAUAGACACUGAUGACCUUAUUGAUCGAUGGAUCGCUGAGGGAUUUCUCUAUGAUGAUAUCAGUAUAUAUGAUAUGUACAACCAAGGGAAGUCUGUUGUUGAGAAAUUAAUACUUUCAUGCCUAUUAGAAGAGAGUAUCGAAUCUUUUCAUUUUGGUUGGAGGAAUAAUAGGAUAAUUAAGAUGCAUGAUGUGAUUAGAGAUAUGGCACUAUGGUUAGCUCGAGAUGAAGACAAAAACAAAGACAAAGUUUUAGUUCAGGGGGAAGUAUUUUCCAUGUCAAAAAUGGAUUCUAAAAGAUUGAAUGCUAUAGAGAGGAUUUCAAUAAUAAUUACAGAGAGUUUAGAUGAAAAUUGGAAUUUUCUGGCUUGUCCAAAUCUCAUCACUCUUUUCUUUAGCAUUCGAUACUUGUUUGUCCGUCAUAAUCCUUUUUUUUCAACAAAUUUCCAAUCAUUGAAAAGGUUGAGAGUGUUGGAUUUAUCAUAUACUACAUCUCUUGAGGUAAUCUCCCCUAAAAUAGGUGAGCUAAUCAACUUGGAGUUCCUUAACAUUUCUGGAACAUCAGUAUCUUCGUUUCCGAUUGAAUUGAAGAAGUUGAAAAAUUUGAGGGUAUUCCUUAUGGAAUAUAUGAAUGGCUUUUCUAUAAAUAUUUUUCCAUUGGCAGUGAUAGAAAGUCUUGAACAAUUAAAGGUGUUUAGAUAUAGCAGAAUAUCUCCAGUUAUUGAACAAGGAGGCAUUUCAUUACUAGAGAAACUGGAAUCCUUACCAAAUUUGGAGGAACUGGGCAUUCAAUUAACUAGCUUCACUAGUGUGCAAAGACUAUUUCGCUCCACCAGAUUACGAGGUUGCUCUCGACAUCUUAAGCUUAAUUGGAUGGAGCAAGACACAGUUGAAAUGUCAUCAUUAUUAGCAUCCAUAUCAGAAAUGACUCAUUUGGACUACAUACAUCUUUCAGGACAAUACAGCCUUGUGGAUGGUUCAUCGAUUACACAGAAGUGCCAUCUUGGCAAGCUUCGAGAAGUGCACAUAGCUGUUUGUUUUUCAAUUACUCAUUUGACCUGGUUGAGGUAUGCUCCACUUCUCGAGUAUCUUGGUGUUUAUUAUUGUUUGUCAGUUGAACAUAUCGUGAAGGAAGCCAAUGACGAAGAUGUUGGCUCAGAAUCUAAGAAUGAUAAUAUGUUCAUAAAUCUUAAAGAACUUCUCCUUUCAAAAAUUCCAAAGCUAGUGAGCAUUCACAAAAGAGCAUUGGCUUUUCCUUCCUUAAAACGUAUUCGUGUAAAAGAUUGCCCCAAUCUGAGGAAGCUUCCUUUAAACUCCAGCUUUGCAUCAAAGAACAACUUGGUUGCAAUCGUAGGAGAUACCGAGUGGUGGGACAAGUUAGAGUGGGAUGACACAAUCAUUGAACACUUACUACGUCCUAAAUUUCAAGACUAGGACACUGAUGAAUAUUGGUAACCAAUAGAAAUAGGAAUUAGUAGCUGUGAUUGAAUAAUUAGCCUAUGUUUGAUAUCCAAGUGAAACACCGUAAGUUUGAAAAGCUAAUGUAUGUAUUUAUCUUUUACCGUAAGUUUGAAAAGUUAAUGUAUGUAUUUAUUUUUCACCGUAA